AUGAAUGCUCAUAGUUACAGCGUUUACAAUGCCGUCUAUGCUGUGGCACAUGCUCUGAAGGCCGUGCGCUCUUCCAAACUCAAAGGGGGUCAAAAAAUGGAUGAGAGGAGAUGGAAGCUCUUCCUCCAAUCACCUUGGCAAGUAAUGUUGUUUUCCUGGGGUUGUUUCCCCCCUCUUUUCUUCUUCUUCCUUCAGCUCCACCGCUUCUUGCAACAAGUCUCCUUUAACAACAGUGCUGGAGUACAGGUUUCUUUUGGCCCCAAUGGGCAAUUAGAAACUGGAUUUGAUAUUUUCAAUUGGGUCACAUUUCCAAACAAGUCCUUUCUGAAAGUCCAAAUUGGAAAAAUCGACCCCCUGGCUCCCCCAGAAAAACUACUCACCAUUUCUGCCAAGGACGCUGUUUGGCCUCUCAUGUUUAAUCAGGCAUUACCUCUUUCCAUCUGUAACGAAGAGUGUCCCCUUGGCCAUAGCAAGAUAAAAGUGGAAGGAAAAUUAUCCUGUUGCUAUGAUUGCAAAAUAUGUCCAGAAGGGAAGAUAGCUGACCAAUUAGACUUAGAUGACUGUUUCCCAUGUCCAGAGAAUCAAUAUCCAAACAAGGAUAAGAAUAGUUGCCUUCCAAAACAGAAACAGAAGAACUUUUCUGAACAUAAUGUCAGACUCCAUCUCUUAUCAGCCAGACAAGGUACAAGGGAAGUCAGCCAAUCAAGGUCUUGAACACAUACACCCCCAGCCUCAGGACAUUUUGUGAAAUUUGUAGAGCCAAGCUGACACAUGGUACUCUCUCCUUAAAAAGAAUGGUGUCGACAGUUUAAAU